AUGGCCCCGAAAAAACUGCCGAAGCUCCCGGAUGGGAGCCGCUGGGGGCGCCUCGACCUCGACAACUUCGCGGCGCCUGCGGCGGCGCGGGCCAGCACUGUAGAAGGCUCGUCGCCGCUCCGAGCGCGCCUAUCCAGGCAGGCGCCGUCGUCCAUCGCCAGCGGGGCCGAGAUGAGGCCGGCCGAGGCGCCGGCCUCGAGUGCGGGUAAGAGGGCGGCCGCGGCCUCCGCUCUUCGGCGGCCGGCGGCCGCUUCGAGUGCCAGGGAAGCCGCGGAGGCGGCUGUGACAGCGGGCGAGGAGGAAGCUCGAGGGCCGCUGGAAGGUUUGCCGGAAGCUGGCGCUGCUGGGCGCGCCGAAGACGACGCCUCGGCAGACCCCGAGCGUCGCGAGGGCGCCGCUGGCGGCGGCGACCGAGAGGGUCGGGCAGUGAGCGAGGAGCGCGGCAAGGCGUCGUCGGAAGUAGAGGCCGACGCGGCGGCCGCGGACGUGGAGGCGGAGGCUGACGACCUGCGCCAGCUUGCCGAGGAGAGCGGCGGCGACGGCGGCGAGCUCGGAGAGGAGGAGCAGCCGCGCGAGGAAGACCCCGAGGUCAUCGGAGAUGACUGGUUGCGAUCGAUGCAGCCGCGGUUGCUAGUGGACAUGCGCUGCGAUUCUUCGGGGAGUGGGUGGACCCCCGUCCUCAAAGAGCACGCCGCGUACGUCACGGAAUCGAUGCCCCAGGCGCUCUCGGUGGCGGCGUUUGGCGACGGAAUGCUCGUCGCGGCGCCCGUGCUCACGGAAUUGCAGAGGGUGUUCCAGAAGCACGGUCUCUUGUCGGAGGGUUUUCGCAUCGCUGCCCACUGCCGCACGGACGCGGCUAAGAGCACCAUGGCGAAUCAGCGCGCUGAAGUGUUCGCGAGGUGGUGCGCGCCGUUAGGCGGAUCUGGGCGGAGCGUGGACGACGGAAUCCGGGGCAUCGGCGGCCUCCCCAGAGGUGCUGCUGCGCGCGCCAGGGGGGGCCCAGCCUUGCUCUUGGGGAGCUGUUCGUUCAGGCGCCCGGGGGCCAGCGGCGCCAGCGCGGCCAGCAUUCUCCUGCAGUAUGCGGCGCAGAACAGCGAGCUCGUUCUCGUGGAGAGCACGGGCGGGCCGGGGGAGAGCAUCCCGCACGACGAAUUGCAGGAAACCGACGAGUGGCAGUGUCUGACCUUCGUCGUGGACUCGGCGGACUACGGCGCGCCUUUCAGCAAGUGCAGCAGGUGGCUGUUGGCGGCGCGCGGGGGCGCCCUGUUGAACAUGGAGUCGGGGACUGAGUUCUUCCGCGUGUUCGCAGAGAGCGUCGAGGCACGGCAGAUCCGCGGCCCUCCCUUCAAGGCUUUUGCGGAGGCUUCGGCGACGGUGUGGUCGGACUACAUCGACGAUGCCAUUCUGCAGCGGGAGGCGGUUCAAACGCGCGCCCUGCCAGUGGGUUGGCAGAAGGGCAUUCUCGAGUAUUGCUUGCGGAACCAGGUGAAGAUGCCGACCGUGGCCGCGGCCGACGCUCUUUUCGGCGAGAGCCGAUGGUUCCGCGUCCUGGACGACAAGAAGAAGAUCUUGCUCGCUCUUGCAUCGGCGGAGUGCAGGGGCCACGGGUUCGUCGUGGACCUGUCCGCGGGCCUGGGCGCCAGGCAGCCGCUGCCGCCAGGGGCGCUGCUGGCGGGCCCAUUGCGGGGCAAUUCGGAUUUCUGGUUCUCUGGUUCAG